UCGACUGCUAUCGAUAAACUCAGCUGUUCCAGUUUACCUCGUGUUUUGCUUAAAUUUUGAAGUUCGUUUAAAAUACAUAUAUAAUGAGUGACGACGAGGAACCAUACAAUCCAAAGGCCCAUCAAAAACUGUUGCAGGCCAUUAAUAAUCUAGGCAGUGCGCAGAGCAUAGGAAAAUAUACGCGCGACGAGCGGCAACAGCAACAGAAUGAAUUUCAGCUGGUGAAAACCCACAAGGGGGUAGAUCAAUCAUCCAAGGGGGUGGGAUUUAAUGAUUUAGUGCAGAUACUUCGUACAUCGAAGCACAUUGAGACGGGCAAGAAGCUUAAGAAUGUAUACAGCACCAAAAAGGUUUUGCAGAAGCCUCUAGAGAAGCCGGUAGCAGAUCGCAUCAAGCGAACCAUUGGCUAUGAAGGUGUGAAGAAAAAGCUGGGCCGCUGGGAUGCUGUGGUGGCCAAGCAACGGUCGGCAGAGACACAGAUAUUUCCCAUACCCACGGAAACAAUUUACGUGAAUACAGCAGCCCAUGCCCACGCUCUUAAAACAAGCAUAAAGUCUGAUUUGGGAAAGGAGCUGGAGGCGAGCAACCAGAAGUUGCGAGAAUUGCGCAAAGCACGAAUAGGUGACACCACAGACGAAAAGCAAUUGGUCCAACAGGAGAAGGAGCUGCUGCAAAAGAAGAUGACACGAGAUGAAAUGCUCGCACGGCGCCGCGAGCUGGCCUAUAUAAGGAUGCGUGCGUCCCAAAAGUCGGCCAAGGCUCGCAUGCAAAAUAAAAUCAAGUCUAAAAAAUAUCACAAGCUGCAAAAGCGGCAGAAGAUCCUUGAGCAAAUGAAAGAAUUUGAGGUCUUGCAGAAAACGAAUCCAGAGGCGGCAUUAGAAAAGCUGAACGCUCUGGAGAAGAGUCGUGUUCUAGAACGUGCUAGCCUAAGGCAUAAAAACACUGGCACUUGGGCAAAGAAUCUUCAGGUGCGCGCCAAAUAUGAUAAAGAUGUACGCAAGGACUUGGCCGAGCAGUUGGCUGUAAGUCGACAGUUAACUGAAAAGCAGCUCGAUACGGAUAGUGAGGAUGAGCAGACCGCAAUAAAAUUAAAGGAGAUUGAUCAAGAGGAUAAUGACCCCUUCAAUCCCUGGACAAAAUUAAAAAAUGCACCAAAACUUCAGGCACAGGAAAAUGGUGACAACACGAACUGGCGUAAAUAUUGGAUUGAAAGAAACAGCAAUGAAAAGCUUGUCGCAGAACAUUACGCCGAACUGGAUGCUGCCGUUCUGGAGAAAAAAAUUAAUAAUGAAAAUAUUGAAAAAAAAAAAAAGAUAAAGCCUGUGAAGAAAAAAAAAUCAAAAGUCCGUGUAGAAAACGGGUGGGUUGUAGAAAAAAUUUCAAAUUCUUCCGACAAAGCCUGCUCCCUUGAUGACAUUUUUGAGAAACACCAAGAAAAGAUUCGCGAAAGAUUAAGCAAGAAACUAGAAAAACUGAAAAAAAUUACAAAAGAUCAGAACCAGUCCAUCCAGAAAGAAAAGAAGGCAAAAAAGAAGCCCAAUGAACUUAAAAAUUUGGAAGAUUUAACAUUUAAAAAUAAAAAGCAACGUGUGGAAAUCGAUGAACCGCUUAAUAAUGACUUAAUCCCGCAGCUAAUUGACGAAGUAUCCAAUACAAAGGCAAUGCUUCAGACAAACGAAUGCACCACUUCCAGCAUUAUAGAUCCGAACAAGGUGACCACGAUUACGUGGAAGCAGAGUAUGCGCUCAACGGAUGCUUUGAAUGAUGCUCUUGGGGAAGACGAAGAUGUAGAAUUAGCCGAUGUAGACGCCGCUGCCGAACACCAGUUAACCAUUAGUCAGGCUUUUGAAGAUGAUGAUAUUGUAGCAGAUUUUAACAAGGACAAGAGUAAAGACUCCGAAGUAAAGAACUCCGACUUGCAACUUGCUAUGCCCGGAUGGGGCUCCUGGGCUGGUGCUGGUAUGUCGGAAGAACUUAUCCAUAGACGCAACCAACGGCUACUUCUUAAAUUGGCAGCACCAGAGCAGCGACGCGACGACAACAAAGACAACCUGUAUAUAAAUGAAACAACAAGUAAACAAGCUCGUGCUCAUAUGGUCUCCAGCAUACCGUUUCCUUUCAAGUCCUUGGCUGACUACGAGGCAAGCAUACGUGCGCCCAUUGGACGCAAUUUCGUACCCGAGACGGCCUUCCGUAUGCUGACUAGGCCAUCGGUAAUUACGCGAAAGGGUCAAGUGAUCGAGCCAAUGGAUGAGAGUGAAUUGGUCAAACCAGACCGCAAACUACGUCAUGUCGUAGACCGAAGAAUAAAACGUCUGCAAGCAGCUCAAAAAGCCAAGAUCGCAUAGUAUAAUGAAAAUCACUGUGCUCAACCGGAAACAAAAUAUGAAGCGAUUGUAAUAAAUAUCAAAUGAAUAUUAAACU